AUGGCGCCCUCAAUCGCAACUCUUGAGCAUGGGUCUUCUAUUAUACCCAUCAAUGCCUUGAAGCUACCCAAGAAAGCUCCCUCUCAGAUCCCACAAGAAUCCGUCGAUCUUCCACUUACUCUUUGCGAAUCUCAUAUACUUGAGGCUGCAAACUCCCAAUACUCGGAAUACUUGGAUCCGGAAUUGGCUCAGGGCUUUGACAUCGAGUCGGUGCUCGUUGUUUGCUGGUUGCUUGUGAUACGUGGUUUCUCUCCUGUGAGAACCAUGUACCUAGAGUUCCACCCUGGGUCAAAUCUGUGCUAUAUAGAUGGCAAAUCUCAGGGGACCGAUUCAUACGCUCUUGAAUUUUCCCUGGAGCGUCCAUUGAAGGAUCUCGUCCGAGAUUUCUGUUGUAUCAAGGCAGGCGUCCACUCGACUGGCCCUGACGAAGGGUGGGCUUCCGAUGACAGGAAUCACCUGCUCACCUCGGCUGUCCGCUAUGCUGGUGACCAUCCGAAUUUGCAAAAAGCACCUUUGUCUGCCAAUUCAAAUAUCCCCAAUCCAAAGCUGAUGCUCAAUGUGACAAACGACAAUGGCAAGCUGCACGCGAGUCUUGCCUUCUCAUCCCCUGAGAUGUCCAAACAAUUCGCAACAAGCCUUCUUCACUCCUUGAACAAGGUCGUCGCAUCCAUAUACCGUUCCCCCGAAACUUCUUUAGGCGACCUUGAUCUAUGCUCAGAUCUUGACCUCAUUCUAGUGCAAAAGUUUACGAGGGAGGUUUCGGACUCUCACGAGGCCUUGUUACAUGACAUGGCACUGGAGCAUGCACGCCUGACCCCGGACGCUCCUGCAAUCUGUUCGUGGGAUGGAAAUUUCACCUAUAGAGAGUUGGAUGAUCUCACAUCUCGUCUUGCUCUUCACUUGACCAAUAUUGGCGUUGGUCCUGAAACAUUCGUGCUCAGCUGUUUUGAAAAGUCAUCUUGGGCGAUUAUUGCCCGUCUGGCUAUCUUGAAAGCCGGCGGCGCGUAUAUAUCCAUCGACGCUAGCGACCCUCCCAUUUUCCUCGACUCGGUUAUCAAUCGUGUUAACGCUAAAGUCAUGCUCACGUCCCCUGAGUAUGCGUCAAAAUAUGCCUCACUUGUUUCGAACGUCAUUUCGAUUACAGGAGAUAUGCUGAAAGAGCUUCCCACUGGACCGCUAUCUUCCACAGUCCAACCGGAAAAUGCCUGUCUGAUUCUAUUCACCUCCGGGAGCACCGGCCAGCCUAAGGGCAUCAUCCAGGAACAUCGGUCCUAUGCCACAGCAAUCCGUGAUUAUAACAAGGUCCUUGGUCUAGGCCGACACAGCCGUGUAUUUCAGUUCGAUGACUAUGCAUUUGACAUCAGUAACAAUGAUUACCUGACAGCUUUGGCUGCCGGUGGCUGUUGUUGCGUUCCCACACCCGAAAAAACCAUCUCUGGUCUAAUUGAAAAUGUCAAUAUCACAAACGCCAAUAUGAGCUUCAUGACUCCAACAAUUGCCAUCCAACUCAGUCCCAAAGACGUCCCAUCGCUGGAGCUACUUUGUGUCGGCGGCGAGCCCAUGUCGAAUGAUCUCCUCAUGAAAUGGGGCCCUCAUGUGAAGCUUGUAAAUCAGUACGGAAUGGGCGAGGCGGCCACCUUCUGCGCGUACAACGAUAACCCGAAGGCAGGCCAUAAUGCCGUUGUCGGCAAAUCCGGUAGCGGUGCCAUCUGGAUUGCGAAUCCUUCCUCACCUGAGCGGCCAGUGCCCGUCGGCGCUGUAGGCGAGAUUUUGAUUGAAGGACCCCACCUCGCCCGUGGGUACUUGGAUGACCUCUGCCAGAAACCUGAUGUGGGAUUCCUCAGCACAGUCCCUCGGUGGAUUGCGGAUCUCCACCCGUCGCGAGCACAAACCUCUCGCAUUUAUCGGUCUGGUGAUCUGGGUCGGUAUCGCCACGAUGGAACGGUGGAGCACAUGGGUCGAAAGGAUACACUUCUUAAACUCAACGGUGGCCGUGUUGAGUCAACCGAAGUCGAGUACAUCCUGCGAAAGACUCUUUCACCGGGCGAUUUUACCGUUGUCGAUAUGCUCGGCGAGAUUGACGGUAGCGACGACCCCAUCCUCGUGGCCUUUAUUUACCUAGUGGACAACCCAGCAAACCUGAUUCCAGGAAUCUCAGACCACGAAAUGUCGUUUCGGCCGAUAACAAAUCGUGUCCGAGUGAACAGCCUGAUGGAGGCGAUGCAGAAGGAAGUCCAUAACACCCUGCCAAAACACAUGAUGCCCAGCUUGUUUCUCCUUGUCGACCGAAUCCCCCGUACAAGGUCUAACAAGCUUGAUCGCAGAAAGUUGCAUCAAAUCGCUCAAGAGUGGUAUAUGGGGUACCGGUGUUUGUAA